AUGCCACCCAUGGCAACCUCAGCAUCCAAACGCAAGUGGUCAGAUGUGUUUGGGGAUCGGGAGAUCUACGACAAGCAGUCUAUUAUGGAUCUGUGCACUUCCAAGCUGCGUUACGUCAAUCCUGCUCGGCCUCCUCGCCGGCGCACUGAAGUGCCACUUCUUCGUAAUGUUUUAAUUGUUAACACAAUGAAGCAUCUGUCUGCAGAAAUGAAGAUAGACAAGCCUAUGGAGUACAGCAGCGAGGACUUGUGUGUGGACCCGGGACACUUUGAAGGUUUGCCUCCCUUAUCUGAGCUGUUGACUGACAUUAUGCUGGACCCACAGCCCAAUGAUCAACAGCAACAAGCAGUGGGUUCAUUUGGUUGGACUGGGACAGUGGGUUCCACCUACUCUAGCCUGACUCCAUUGGAACCCAGUAUCAGCUCAUAUAUGGAUGCUGCCGACUCUAGCACCGAGCUGGGAGAGGAGAAAAUUGUUCAUGACUUAUUGCCUUGUACAAGUGUUGUUGGCAUCGAUCAAAUACAGCAUUCGUGGCGCUCACCAAAUGAUUCCCUCCAGCACUCAUCCACAUGGCAGGUUCCAAAUAGUUCAUGUCAUCAUCAUCCUCAUUCACCUGUGUGGAAUGUCUCAAAUGACUCUAGUGUGCUAGACUGUUUUCUCUCCAGUGCCUCCCUCCAGCCAUCAUCCAGUGAUUCAGUCGAUGCUUUGACAUCUGAAUUAGCAUUCCAAUCAUCGAGCAGCCCCCUGCCAGCAUUCAGCUCACUGUUCGAAUCCCCACAGAAUCCAUCAUUCACUGAAUUGUUACAGACAUCUGCAUUAUCAGGCCCUUCCUCGGCUUUUAUCUCCACGGGCACAUGUUUUUCAGGCGCAUCUUCCCUUAAUUCACUCCCAACUGUCAGCAGUGCCUCGGCAGACGAUAUUGUAGGGAAUGUUAACCUAACGGAAACUGAACUGGAGUUCCUGGCAAUGACAUUCUCCGCCAAGCUGCCACUGUCCUUUGAAGAUCUUGUUCAUGCUUUACCACAGACCUCGUUAUUGCAGCAGACGUCUCAGCCUUCACAGACAUUCUGUGUGCCUUCAUCAUUACAAGGCAGUGUUAGUUCUAGUUGUGACAGUGCCUCAAAUGCCAUCAACCAGUGUGCCAGCUAUUGCCGUAGUGACCAGCCUCCUGCAAAUGCUGAUGACAGUGGUAUGGUUCGAGUUCUUGUCAAUCUCUGA